CUGGGCUGGGCUGGGUGGAGCAGCUGAAACUCAAAGACAUCAGCCGGGAUCGAUAAGUGCCGCAGCAUCGCGAAGCCGGGCUCCUGUAGAGCGGCUGUAACAUUGGGAGCGGGGCAUCGUUUCACUGGCAGGCUGAACGCUCUCUGACACACCACACAGCCACCAACUCCUCUCAACAUUUCCACGCAGAACUCCGGCACACUUACAGACAACAACUCACUUCUACACCUGCAAGCUUUGUUCCCCACCCGCAGAGACUUUUCAAACCCAACUUCCCCCCCCUCCACCGCACCAACACGUUUUAACAGGUUAUUCUCCAGCGGGCUGUUCCCGGAGGAAGACCCGACGCCGCUCGUCGAUCAGCGGGACAGGGGGAAACAUGUGUGGCCGCGACUGCAGGACGGCCGCUCUUCUCGCCUCGCUGCUUCUGGGGCUUGCUCAACUUGACGAAGCGUGCGUCAGCGAUUCCAUGGUUGUGGUCAUACACCGUCGUACAAUUAAAGCAGGAGAUCUAAUUUCAAAAGUGGAUUUGGAUAACUGCCAACAUGAGACUUUGCUGAUCAGCACCAAUGAUCCUGCUAUCAAUGUGGAGCUUGAUGGCUCAUUGUACGCAGCUCGUGACCUCCAUGUUACUUCUGAUCCAAUGACCUUCAAUGUCCAGCUCCAAGAUUCGGUGACACUGAAGACAUGGAUUAUCCAAGUCCAGCUGCAGUUUCAGCAGUUACAGUCUGUUUUGCAGAGGCAGGUUCGGAAGCGGCGAGCUGUCCUACUGCGCCGUCAGAAAAGACGUUGGAGACCUCGUCCCUUCACCAUCACUGAGAAUGACAUUGGUCCUUUCCCCAAGCGUGUUCAACUUAUAAAGUCGGAAUUUGAGAAGGAUUACAAAAUAAGAUACGAAAUAUCGGGUCAAGGGGUUGAACUUUCUCCAGUUGGCCUGUUAACUAUAAAUCCCGAAACUGGUGAAAUUCAGGCGAUGAGGUCUGUGGAUCGAGAGGAAUAUCCAGUAUUAAAACUGACUGGAUUUGCAAGGUUUUCCCCUGAGCAACCUCUCGAUCUGACUAUUAAAAUCCUUGAUGUGAAUGAUAAUGUCCCUGAAUUUAAUGAGAGGGUGUUCAUAGCGCAAGUGCCUGAGUGUUCAGCAAUUGGUACAUCAGUGCUGAACCUCACUGCCACAGACCGAGAUGAACCCAGAACCCUAAAUACAAUGCUGAGGUAUCGGAUUGUGACCCAGGUACCUUCCUCCAAAUUUGGGGUGCUGUUCUCCGUCAAUGAAAAGACAGGCGAAAUCAAAACCAACAGCAAUAAGCUAAAUCGAGAGGAACACGAAAAGUACACCCUCACGGUUGAAGUCAGAGAUAUGGAUGGAGAGCCUUACGGGCUACACUCAACCGGGACAGUAGUCAUCGAAGUUACUGAUAUGAAUGAUCACGCACCAACAUUCAAAGAGUCCAGAUACACCAUUAAUGUAAAGGAAGCUGAAAGCGACAUAAUGGUCCUCCGACUGCCCAUUGAGGACAAGGAUGUAGAAAACACAAGUGCGAGCAGAGCCGUGUUCAAAAUCAUCAAGGGGGAUGAGAAGGAGAAUUUCAACGUAACUACUGAUCCCGAAACCAAUGAUGGCCUCUUGUACGUUGUCAAGCCACUGGAUGCAGAAACAGUCUCCUUGAUCCAAUUGGAAGUUGCAGUGGAGAAUGAGGCACCUCUGGUUGGGAGCUCCACCGGGAUGCAAGUCACCAGGGUAACCGUCAACGUGAUAAAUGUGGAUGAAGGCCCAGAGUUCGAACCCCACAUCAAGCAGCUGUGGACAGAGGAGAACGUCCCCCUGGGCAGAGUCCUGGGAUCUUACACAGCGAAAGAUCCUGAGACAAAGAGCAGCAAAGGCAUCAGGUACCGCAAGUUAAGUGACCCCGCAGAAUGGAUCUCCAUUGAUUCCAAAACUGGACAGAUCCAAACAAUAGCCAUACUGGACAGGGAGUCUUCAUAUGUAAAAAACAACAAGUACAAUGUCACAGUGCUCGCCAUUGAAGAUGUUCCGUCGAGAACAGCCACUGGGACUGUGGUGAUAAACCUGAUCGAUGUCAAUGACAACAGGCCAAUUAUCUCCAAUAAAGACCUGCACAUUUGUGAGAAUGGAGAUCAACAGUUUGUGAAUAUUUCAGCGGAGGAUCUUGAUGCAUCACCCAACGCUGCUCCAUUUACAUUUCUCCUGGCAGAUGACCCACCUGAGAUUAAAAACAAGUGGAAGAUCUUCAACCAAAUGGGAUCCUUUGCUUAUAUGAAGCCAGUGGAUGAUAUGAUCCCUGGUUACUUUGAAGUUCCCAUCAUUGUCCAGGAUCAGCAACACCACGAGAGCAAAGAAACGUUGAAGAUCAUUAUCUGCGAAUGUCCUAACGGGCAACAUUGCACUGGCAGACUUUCAUCAAAAAAGGCUGUUCUCGGUGGUCUGGGAAUCCUUAUGAUGUUUUUGGCUGCUUUGCUACUGCUUUGCUUACUCGUAGCAGCAUUCGCAUUGCACUGCGGGCGAGAUAAAAGUAGAAAGCCUCCAUUCGUUCCCAGCAGCCAAUAUCAGCAGAGCCUCAUUGUCUCCAAUGAAGAGGGUGGUGGUCAGCAAGAUAUGAAUCUUACGGCAUUGGAUAUCACUGGGAAUCACGGUGAAAAUGUCGGACAAUUUGGCAGGUUCCAAACGGGACACGAUGACAAAAUUGGGACUGAUAUCCAGGGCUUUGCAGUUGGUGGCACGUCAGGCAUCAACUCCGGUUCACAGGUGGUGAUCAAGGAAAUAAUUGAUGGAGUGUGUUAUGAUCAGCAUGGUAUGAUGAUCGUGGACUCGGUGGAUGGUACAACAGCCACAUUUGGUCGAAGGAAGAGUCAUGGUCUGAUGGAGAUUCUUCGAUCUCAAGUUGACCAGGUGUAUGAAGAGGAGCAGGAAGAGAUUGGGGUACCUUAUGAUUAUGUACAUGAAUAUAUUCACGAAGGGCGCAAUUCGGUUCAUGGGUCCGUUGGCAGUGAUGUGUUCGACACCAGAGGACUGGAAUACGUGCCGAAUUUGGUACCCAAGCAUGGAACCAUGACCAGCAUUUCUUUAAAGAAAUAACGGACACAUUUGAUCCUUAGCCAACUCAAACUGCUUCACUUCUGUAAACUCUUGCAAAUGUUAUUUGGGGAAGUUCGGUGCAGGUGGAUGCUUCAAUCAGAAGGCUUGCAAUCUUGGUUGCUGCCUUGCAUUCCUUUGAUACCUUCACUGCAGUCGAUCAGUUCACCAAGUUACCUGACUUACCUGUAUAGUAUGUUUUUAAAAAAAAAAUCCUGCAAUGAAGAUGCAUCUCACAGUUUUACUCUUGACCAGCACAAUAGGAGGCUUGGUACAUUUUAGUUUGAAUCUAUAAAGUGUAUGUUAAAUUGUAAAGCUAUUGUAAAAUAUUAUUUCUAUAGAAGGAAUUUUUAUAUGGGAAUGUGAGGAAAUACUCAGUUGGUUGUCUUCCUUGGAAUGAAAUAGGCUGGGGUGGGACCUGUUUGGGAUGUACAAAGUUAUGAGGGGCAUAUGUAGGGUUAAUAGUAAGUCACAUUUCUCCGUGGCAGUGGUUCUUAAAACCAGAGGGUUUUGGUUUAAGGUAAGGGGGUGUAAAGUUCAGCAGGGGAUGCAAGAAAGGAUUUUUUUUCCACCCAGAGGGUGGGGUUGGAAUCUGGAACACACUGCCUGACAGGGUGGUAGAGGCAGAGACACUCACAGCAUUUGAAAAGCGUUUUGAAUCGCCAAAGGGUAGAAGGCUACAGACCAAAAGCUGGUAAGUGGGAUGUGUUGACAGGUCCUUGAUGGUCAGCACAGACAUGGUGGGGCAAAGAGCCUAUUUCUGUGCUGUAAGACUCUGCUUAUAAGAAACGAGGCCCAGAGGGGUCUCAAACCACUCUUUCCCCUUACAGUAAGAUGGUGGUGAUUUGAGCUUCACUUUACUGGCCACUCCCCAAAAAUCUGUCCAUCUCAACCUUGAGUAUUCAAUGGCUCCACCUCCACAGAUCUUCGACAUCAAACAUUCCACAGAUCUACCACCCUCGGAGAGAAAUUCCUUCUGUCUUGACCUGAAACUCUGCCUCCUGGUUCUAGAUUCCCCCACAAGGGGAGACAUGCUCUCAGCAUGCACCCUGUGAGUUCUUUCAGAAUCCCAAAUAUGUCAAAGGGAUUUAGCAAUAUGUUUCAAUGCCCAAACUGGCUUAAUGUCACCAAAGUAACCUUAAUUGUUUUUUGAAGUAGCGUGAUGCUUUCAAUGCAGGUUUUAUUUUGUAAUGGGUUGAUCUGGGGACUGGAUUCCAGAGCAGGUUAUGUGAAGGGUGGGAGCUUUCCAAUUCCUCCUGAUUGCUACAAGCAAAAUGUUGGAGGAACUCAAGGUCAGGCAGAAUCCACAGCAGGAAGUGGACAGUUGACGUUUUGGGUCAAGAGAAAUGGUUGCAUUUCUCCCCACAGAUGCUGAGUUCCUCUGGCAUUUUGGUUGUUGUUCCAAAUUCCAGCAUCUACAGCCUCUUGAGGCUGUUUCUGGUUGCCAUUCUGUUGCCACUUGCUGCUAACUCACUCUGUUGCUGUUCAGUGGGAAAGCAGUUUGGUCUGCUGAGGUCUACCCUGCUUGCAUUCACUUGGAGUGCUGGACUGUAAGAACCACUGUGCCUGAGGACCCAUUCCCAUCCACAAUGUAGCAGAGUUCAGGGGAAGGUCUGUGAUUGUCAAAUGGGAUUUAGUGUUUACUGUAGGACACAUUUGAGUGUUCAGCUUGUCCGUUAUCUACCUAUUCUCGAUGUGAGUGCUGCCACUGAGCAUACUGUUUGUUCCUAAGAAAGUAGUGGAGAGCUGCUGUGGUAUGAUCCAAGACCAAGAUUAUCUAAGUAUUGUUCAUAUUGGUGCCAUGGGCUCCUGGAAGCUUAAAUUUCUUAAUGGAAGAUCUGAUAGCUAAGUUCUCAGUAGAGGUACAACUAGGUUAUCUCCCUAAACCUCUUUGUCCUCUAUCCCUGAUUCAAGAUACGCUUUAAAACUGUCCAAGGUUUAUUUCUCCAGAAUGGCACAUUCUAUUUGAGUUCACUCCAGUGAAGUGCCUGGGGACACUUUACCACAUUAACAGUGUUAUAUAAAUGCAAGUGUUGAGAUUAAAUCAGCAAAAAGGCCAGCCUUUUAAAUAUAAUGAGCACAUUUAGCAAUACAGUUCUACAAAAAUACUCCACAGAUCAGGGAGCAGCUGAGGAACGAGAAGCAGUUAACGUUUCAGUUCAAUAACUUUUUGACAUAAUUGCAUAUGGCAUUGGGUCUUAACUAAAAAGUAAGCAGCUGUUUUAUUGAAGGGCAAGAAACUUGUCUUAAUUCUUUACAUUAAAGAGCAAAAUGUUAUCUUUCCCUUUUUUAAGAAAUAAAAUGUGUUUCACUGUUAAGUCUUGGUCCCCAUAUUGUGCUCCCAGAUUCCACCAAAGGCAGGUAGGCUUUCUGUUCCAAUUCAUUCAUGGGACGUGGAUGUCACUGGUGAGACUGGCAUUGAUUGCCCUGAACUGAUUGUGCUGAGUCUUUCCAGCAGACAGUUAAGGGUCCACUGCAUUGCUGAGGGUCUGGAGUUGAACGUGGUGUUGGGGAGAUUCUUCCUCUUGAAGGCUGAUGGCAAAACAGAUUUUAUUUUAAUGACUUUGGUCAGUGUUACUGAGAUUUGAACUUGUGCAUCCCAGUAGAGACUUGAACUUGUGCCUCUGUUUAGAGGGAUACGGGACCAAACGUGGGCAAAUGGGUCUAGUGUAGAUGGGAAGAACAAACAACCUGCUGGAGGAGCUCAACAGGUCGAGCAGCAUCUGUGGGAGGAAAGGAACUGUCGACAUUUUGGAUCGAAACCCUGCAUCAGGACCCAAACAUCGACAAUCCCUUUUCCCCCAUAGAUGCUGCUCCAUUCACUGCGUUCUUCCAGCAGAUUGCUUGUUGCUCAGGAUCUGCAGUCCCUUGUGUCUCUGGCUUAGAUGGGAAUCUUGGUUGGCAUGGACCGGUUGGGCCGAAGGGCCUGCUUCUGUGCUGUAUGAUCCUGUGACUCUGCACCAUUAGCAACCAUUCCCUCAAUGUUGGUUCCCAAUAUUUCCCUUGGUUUUUCCUUCAAAAUGUAAUUUACUGGUGCAGUGCUUAAAAAUGUGAUACCUAAUGUAGAUGCAGAGUCAAUGAAUGUAGUCACUUGUGUUUCUGAUUGCAACAUUUGUCUUUACUGUGUGUUGUUCUUGAAAUAGAAGGUAAAUACAAUUUGGGCUUCCAUGGUUUUCUUUGCUGUAACUGCUAGCAAACCACUUUUAACUCAAUAUGAGAAACUUGUUUUUUUAAACAUAAUGUGGUAUGAAUAAUGUGCUAAUGACCUAGAAAAAAUGUGCUAUUCAUAAAGGAUUGGCUAGGCAUUUGGGUAAAAUUUACAGGGCUACUGUGAAUAACUGGAGAAAAAAGAAUGAAUGGGUUGCAUUACAGUGAGCUGGCGUAGACAAUGGGUUGAAUGGCCUCCUUUAUAUAUUGCCAGGUAUUUUAAACUUUGUGCAAACUUCCUACGGGAGUUUCAGCUGUUAAGAUAAGAAGGUAAGAUAAGAUCUUUAUUAGUCAUGUGUACAUCAAAACACAGUGAAAUGAGUCGUACUGAUGCUAUAUUAGUUCUCAAUGGUGUUCACCUUAAUGUGAUAAGAUAUCUUUUAGUCAUAUGUACAUUGAAACACACAUCUGAUUUUUGUAUACUUGUAAAAUAAAAUUGCCCUUGUACAU